CCCAGUGAUGCCCCUUCCCCGGGCCUGAGCGUGGCCAUGGAGCUGAGAGCCCUGUUCCUGCUGCCACUCUGCUUCCCAGGUCUCCAAGGCCAAGCCCCAGAAGCCCAGAGAGGAUGGGAAGGGGACACUCUGCACAUCCAGUGUCCUUAUGCAAAGUGGACUACUGGCCAGCAGACAAAAUACUGGUGCCUCUCCCUGGGAAACAGAGGAUGUAAAGAACUCCUCCGUGUAUACUCAAAUGAAGAAACCAAACAAGCCCAGGAUGGGAGAAUUAAAAUGAAGGAUAACAAAGCUAAUAAGACUGUUUCUGUCACCAUAACUGGCCUCAAGGCAGAGGACUCGGGCACAUAUUUCUGUGCUGCUUACUACAGCUACAGCUACAGCUAUGAAAAGCUAAAGACAAUCUCACUGAUUGUUUUCAGGGAGCUGCUCCAGUGGGAGCUGGACACCCUGACAGUGCAGUGCCCGGAGGGCAGCGAUGCCUGGUGCCGAGGACAGACUGACUGCGAAGUCGUGGUGAGCGGACAAACAUUUUCAAAUCAGAGAAAAAUGAAAUCCCUGCAAGACAGAGCAUCCAUGGAGCAUAAUGCUCGAGGGGCUCUUGUCACCAUGAGGAACCUGCAGAUCCGGGACUCUGGUGUGUACUGGUGUGCACUGGACUCCAGGCGCACUCGGAAAAUGGAGGUCGUGCUCUCUGUGUUCAGGAGGACCCAGAGGCUCACAGCCAAGGAGUCAGGCAACAUCACUGUCAAGUGUCACUACAAGAUCGCAGACUACAGCACUGUCACCAAAGCCUGGUGCAAAAGGGAAGAGGGCAAAACGUGCAACGUGCUGGUCACCACCAGUCCAGAGUCCCCAGCAGCCAACAGCACAGCUCAGGACGGUGUCAGGAUUCAGGAUGACACCCAGCAGGGCAUUGUGACCAUCACCAUGGAGCAGCUGCAGGUGCAGGACUCGGGUGUGUACUGGUGUGCGCUCCAGGAUGGCUCCGGGCUGCUCCGCAUGGAGGAGAUCACACUCAACGUUUCCAAGGCGUUGCGUCAAGGAGGUUUUCCAGACUCUGAAAACCAAGAAACUCUUUUGGGUGACAGCUGCAGUGGGAACACCUUCCUCAUCCUGUCCGUGGUGCUGCUCUUCCUGCUGCUCCUGGCCCUGCUCACCUCCACAGCCCUGGCUGUCAGGUACUACAGGCUGCUCCUGAGAACAGGUAUCAGAGAAGCAGAGGACACCAGUGACAGAGCAGAGGGCACAGCACAGCCUGGCAGCACUGGGAGGAGGGAGAGUUCUCAGGAUGGCAGCAAAGGGCCAGCAUACAUCAACCUGGAUGUGCAAUCCCAUGCCAGCCCUGAGGAUCCUCUUUACUGCAACGUGGAGCCAAGCCAGGCUCCCAGGAACCCCCAGCACGUGGAAUAUGCCAUCAUUGCCUUCAACCAGUCCCCAAGGACCGGCAGGGAAUGAAGCACAGAGUCCCCAGCAAGCCAGGAAUGGGAGGAAGGAACUGGAAUACACAGUGGGAAUGAGGACAGGAGGUGUGUGGAGGGACAAGCUGAGUUUUGCUCUGUGUGUGUGUGGUGUUUCCUGAGCAUUUUCAGCCCUCCCUCCUGCUUUAGGAAGCAGAGGUUUUGCCACACUUGUGGCAGAUUGCCUCAGGUCAGGCAGAGCUGUGGGGGAAUUGCCAGGAUGAUCUCUUGUACAUCUGCUUUUCCAAUUCCAUUAAAGUGCAGAAGCUUG